AAAUGCAAGUUUACUGGCAACCCCGUCUAAUGAAUGUCAAUUGCUGUCGUUGAGCAGUUGCAAAUAUCGUGACUUUCAAUUUGUGAAAAGCAGUGUUUUUUUAUUCAUUAGUGACCGUUUACUCAUUUAACUUUAACUGAAAAUGCCGAAAGUUUCAGUAAAAGUGAAAUGGGGCAAGGAGAUGUAUCCAGACGUGGAGGUGAAUACGGAUGACGAGCCUGUGUUGUUCAAAGCACAAAUAUUUGCACUCACUGGAGUUCAGCCUGAGCGGCAGAAGGUGGUCUGCAAGGGUGUUACGUUGAGGGAUGACACUUGGGGCAACUUCAAACUCACCAAUAAUGCUCUGGUGCUAGUAAUGGGCAGCAAGGAGGAGGAUGUGCCAGCCGCCCCGGUGGAACAGACAAGAUUCGUGGAGGAUAUGAAUGAAUCCGAACUUGCCACAGCUAUGGACUUGCCUGAAGGUUUAAUAAAUUUGGGCAACACAUGCUACAUGAAUGCUACAGUUCAGUGCCUAAAGACUGUGCCAGAGUUAAAGAAUGCUCUGCUUACCUAUGAUAAAUCGUCUGGUGGCGGUUCAGCGGGCGAGCUGACAAGCGCGCUAUCAGAGACGGUGGCGGCGCUGGAGCGUGGCGGCGCGGGCGCAUGCGCGGGUGCAGCGGCGCGGCUGCUGGGCGCGCUGCACGCGGCGGCACCCCGGCUGGCGGAGCGCGGACCGGGCGGCGCGCUGGCGCAGCAGGAUGCGUCAGAGUGCUGGGCGGAGAUCGUGCGCGCGCUGCAGCAACGCCUGCCCGCACCGCCCGGACUUGCUGAACAAGGAUCUUCAAUAAUCGAGCAGUACUUCGGCGGUACUUUGGACGUGGAGCUGGUUUGUUCGGAGGCAGACGAGCCGCCGACCCGCUCCAAGGAGAACUUCCUUCAACUGUCCUGCUUCAUAUCACAGGACGUUAAAUAUUUGCAGUCGGGACUCAGAUCCAAAAUGGUAGAGCACAUCACUAAAAUGUCGGAAACUCUGGGCAGGGAUGCUGUUUACACGAAAACCAGUAAAAUCAGCCGUCUGCCAGCAUACCUGACAGUGCAGUUUGUCCGAUUCUACUACAAGGAGAAAGAAGCUAUCAACGCCAAGAUUCUGAAGGAUGUAAAGUUCCCGCUGGAGCUCGACGUGUACGAGUUGUGCUCGCCGGAACUACAGGAGAGACUCACGCCAAUGAGGAACAAGUUUAAGGAAAUAGAAGAUGCCUCUGUGGAAUCCGCUCUGAGUUCGAAAAACAAAAACAGCGGUGAUAGCAAAAAAGUAGGAAAAAAAAGGGCACUACCAUAUUGGUUUGAAAAUGCCGGAUUCCCCGAUGUGGGCAGCAACAACAGCGGGUUCUACCGGCUGCAGGCCGUACUGACGCACCGCGGCCGCUCAUCGUCGUCGGGGCACUACGUGGCGUGGGUGGCGCGCGGCGGCGCGUGGCUGCGCUGCGACGACGACCACGUCACGCCCGUCUCCGAGGAGGAGGUGCUCAAGCUCAGCGGGGAGGUGACUGGCACUGCGCGUAUUUACUGCUGUACGGACCCAAGAUCCUAGAGGUGCCCGAAAAUGAGGAGCAAGCAGGCGACCCCGCGGCGUCGAUGGCAUAAUAUCGAACGACAAAACCUCAUAUAAGGCUGAUUAUCGCUUGUCUACAUUUAAAACGGUCCCGCUGUUUAUAAUUUUGUAUAAAACAUGUCUAAAACCAAAUUGGAAGUUCUCAAUUGCGUGGAAUUUGUUAAGGAUUAUUUAUAGGUUUUAUGUACACACUAUUAUAAUUAAAACAAAAAUUGUAAUAUUACGUAAAAAAAUUACUUGCUAUAAAAUAUAGGAUAUAUAAGCUAGCGAAUUAUAUAAAGAAAUAAAUUGAUUUUUAUGCAAUGAUAGCCAUUUUGAAAUUUCGUCUGGGUGUUCUCCAAAGCUGAGAUGAGCUAGAAAUAUCACCUGUCGUCUUUUAUUCAAUAUAAAUUGAUGAAGAUGUAAAAUCUCAUAAUUGUGUGUGUAUGAAGUAAAUAAUUAUUUUGAAUGAAUGAUCAUGAUUGCAAUAUUCUAUAAUAGCGCAUUUAAAUUGGUUAUGCCAUUAAAUUAAAAAAAAAUCGGACAAGUGCAAGUUGAACACCGGCCGAGGGUUCCGUACAAAAUUAGUUUUUUGUUAUUAAAGUAUUUACAGGUUCCUAUUCUUUCUUUUACAAGUACUGUAGGACAUUGCUUUUCGCCAAAUUUCAUGGUUUUAGGUCAACAAGAAGUGCCCUAUAGGUUUUGAUUUCCUUAUGAUAUACCAAAAUACGCGAUAUAAAAGGUCAUAUUUUGAGACCGCAUUGAUAACUGAAAGAGACCGUAGACCCCUGAGUGUUUGAUAUAAAUUCCAAUUUAAUAACUUUACGAGUUCCUGAGGAAAAAUGACAGAAAGACAACAAAGUGAUCUUACAAGGGUUGCUUUUGAAGUGAGGAACCCUAAAUUCAUGUUAUCUUCUUCCACUUAUAUGUCGAAAUUUACUAGCUCUGCUCUGUUGAAGGACACCUUUACGCUGAGAAACUUAACUCUCUAAGUUAUUAAUAUAUGUAUUGUAAACAUUUUGUCAAACUACAGACAAAAUGUUAAAUAUAUUAUGUAUGUAUGUAACUAUGCCAUAAAAAAAAUCCGUCGAAAACAUGUAGGAUGGCAAGAAAUAUAAAUAAUUCAGAAUAUAACAUCUAGUUGUACAAAAAUAAUGCAAUCUGAAAUCGUUGGAAACUGGGCGUAAUUAAAGCACUAAAGAACUAACCAAUAUUUUGAUGUUAUCCAUUUAAAAACUCAUAUUAGUAUGGUUAACUCAAACGUUAUGUUUCAUGAUCCUUCUUGAAGAUUUUCGUGGGAAGUCGGGGGCAAAAGCUGUUUAGGUAACUUAGGCAAGUUCACAUGUUGACAGUACAAAAAUAUUUAUUUUCAAAAUGCUAUUGUUUUCGAUCUAAGUAUAAUGUAAUUGCAUUUAAUAUAACACAAACUGUUAUUUUUUAUUUGUAUUCCGCGGGACAAAGAAAAUUGUUAAUUUAUUAUUUUAAAGUGGCAUUGAAAAUGUCACUGUUGAUCGCUUUGCACAUCUGUUUAACAAUAGAAAUACUAUCUAAGUUAACUCUACAAGAUGUAUUGAAUUUUAUAAGACUAAUUAUACUGAACUACGAUCGA